AUGGGCUGCCAUUGCUCUGGACAAGAUCGUCAUGAAGAAAUUCAAGAAUUUGAAAAUCCUUUUUUACAAGUAGUGAAUGAUCAAAUAAAGGAAUAUGAUGUUGUUAUUUAUUCCAAGUCAAAAGAUGAAAAAUCAAUAGAAGCAAAAAAUUUGAUGAGAAAGCAUUCAAUUGCAUUUGAGUAUUUCGAGCUUGACAAAUUAAACGAUGAUAAUCAGGUUCAUUGCGCAUUAGCAGAGUUAACUGAAAAAAAAUUUCCCCCUUAUAUAUUCAUCAAUGGGAAAUAUUUAGGAGGAGUGCCUGAGCUUCGAAAAGGUUUGGAGUCAGGCGAGAUCAAGCCAAAAUUAACUUAA